UGGGCGCUUCACUCCAGUGCCGUGUAUGUGGGGACAGCAGCAGCGGGAAGCACUAUGGCAUUUAUGCCUGCAACGGCUGCAGCGGCUUUUUCAAGAGAAGUGUGAGGCGGAGGCUCAUCUACAGGUGUCAGGUGGGGGCAGGAAUGUGCCCUGUGGACAAGGCCCAUCGCAACCAGUGCCAGGCCUGCCGGUUGAAGAAGUGCUUGCAAGCAGGCAUGAACCAGGAUGCUGUGCAGAAUGAGCGCCAGCCCAGAAGCACCGCCCAGGUCCGGCUGGACAGCAUGGAGUCAGAUGGUGAGCCCGGCCCUCAGUCUCUGGUGGCUUCUCCAGCCCAGGCAGGGCCCAGCCCACAGGGCUCCACACCUACAUCCACAGGCAGAGCCCUGGGCCACCACUUCAUGGCCAGCCUCAUAACGGCCGAAACCUGCGCUAAACUGGAGCCAGAGGAUGCUGAUGAAAAUAUUGAUGUCACCAGCAAUGACCCUGAGUUCCCCUCAUCCCCCUGUAGCCUGGACAGUAUCCAUGAGACAUCAGCUCGCCUGCUUUUCAUGGCUGUCAAGUGGGCCAAAAAUCUGCCCGUGUUCUCCAACCUGCCCUUCCGGGAUCAGGUUAUCCUGCUGGAAGAGGCAUGGAGUGAACUCUUCCUCCUUGGAGCCAUACAGUGGUCUCUGCCCCUGGACAGUUGCCCACUGCUGGCCCCACCAGAGGCCUCUGCUACUGGUAGCUCUCAGGGCCGGUUCACACUGGCCAGUGUGGAGACACGAUUCCUGCAGGAAACCAUCUGCCGGUUCCGGGCAUUGGCGGUGGACCCCACGGAGUUUGCUUGUAUGAAGGCCCUGGUCCUCUUCAAACCAGAGACACGGGGCCUAAAGGAUCCUGAGCAUGUGGAGGCCUUGCAGGACCAGUCCCAAGUGAUGCUGAGCCAGCACAGCAAGGCCCACCAUCCCAGCCAGCCUGUGAGGUUUGGGAAGUUGCUCCUACUCCUCCCGUCUUUGAGGUUCAUCACCUCUGAACGCAUAGAGCUCCUCUUCUUCCGUAAGACCAUAGGGAAUACGCCCAUGGAGAAGCUCCUUUGUGAUAUGUUCAAAAACUAGAGGGAGUGGAAGUAAAUGUUUACGACCACUCUGGCAAACAAUCUGCUGAAACUAAACAUUUGCCUACCCCUUGACCCAGCAAUUCCACUUAUAGGUAUGUGUGCCUGGCAGAAUAUUCACAGUAGCUUCAAUCAUAAUAGCCCCAAAUACCACACUGACAGUAGAAUGGAUUAAUAUAUUGUGGUGUAUUCACAUACUGAAAUCAGCAAUAAAAAAGAAUGAACUACAGAUAUGUGUGACAACAUGGAUACAUUUCCUAGGUGUGAAAGUUGAAGGAAAGAAGCCAGACACAGGUCCCUUUUACACAAAGUCAAAGACCAUGCAAGACUGAAAGUGGUAGAAGCUGGAAUAGUGGUUGU